AUUAAGCUACACCGAACACAUCCUUCCUUAUAAUUCUGGAGUGCAAGCCUUAGCAUGUUGUUAAUUAUUACACAUUGUUGAUUCCCAUAAGGAACCUCUAACUCCAUCUCCCACCUCUUAUCCCAUUUCUCUAUAUAAAACAUCUUCAUGCUUUGUGUUUUGCCCAUCUAAUCAUCUUUUCCUGAAUCGAAAGCAUUAUGGAUAUGAAGAAGCUCUUGUGGGUUGCCCUAUCACUUGCCUUGGUUCUCGGAGUGUCUGAGAGCUUUGAUUUUCAGGAGAAGGAUUUGUCGUCGGAGGAGAGCUUGUGGGACUUGUACGAGAGAUGGAGGAGCCACCACACGGUUUCUCGAAGCCUUGACGAGAAGAAGAAGCGAUUCAAUGUGUUCAAAGCCAAUGUCAUGCACGUCCACAACACAAACAAAAUGGACAAGCCUUACAAGCUCAAACUCAACAAGUUUGCAGACCUGACCAACCAUGAAUUCCGGAACGCCUACGCUGGAUCAAAGGUUAAUCACCACAGAAUGUUUCGAGGCACGCCACGUGGCAAUGGAACCUUCAUGUACGAGAAUGUUGAUAGGGUUCCUCCUUCUGUUGAUUGGAGGAAGAAAGGUGCAGUGACUCCAGUCAAAAAUCAAGGCCAAUGUGGUAGUUGUUGGGCGUUUUCUACUGUAGUAGCGGUUGAAGGCGUUAAUCAAAUCAAGACACACAAAUUAGUGCCCUUAUCUGAGCAAGAGUUAGUGGACUGUGAUAAUGAAGAGAACCAAGGAUGCAAUGGUGGACUAAUGGAAUAUGCCUUCGAGUAUAUCAAGAAAAAGGGUGGCUUAGCGACAGAAAAUAGUUACCCUUACACAGCCGAAGAUGGAACCUGUGAUACAUCGAAGGAGAAUGACAUGAUAGUUUCCAUUGAUGGGCACGAAAAUGUGCCAGCUAAUAACGAGGAUGCUCUGCUCAAAGCUGUAAGCAACCAACCCGUAUCUGUAGCCAUUGACGCUGGAGGUUUUGACUUCCAAUUCUAUUCAGAGGGAGUAUUUACCGGAGAUUGUACAACAGAAUUGAAUCAUGGGGUAGCAAUUGUGGGGUAUGGAACAACCGUGGAUGGGACCAAAUAUUGGAUAGUGAAGAAUUCAUGGGGAGAAGAAUGGGGAGAAGGAGGAUACAUAAGGAUGGAGAGAGGAGUGCCAGACAAAGAAGGACUGUGUGGCAUCGCAAUGGAGGCUUCCUAUCCCAUCAAAAACUCUUCCACUAACCCUACACCACAUUCGUCCUCUCCUAAAGAUGAGCUCUAAGCCCAGCAAUUGUUUCUCGUGUGUUAAGAUGUUGCCUCAUUCACAGAUAUCAAUUCAAUAAUAUUCAUGUCCUUCACCUUUGUUGUUUGUUUUCAUGCCUUAAUUAAUACAAAUAGUUUGCCUAUUCAAACUUCGAA